AUGCCGCCAAGACGCAACGUAAGAUGUGAGAACCCGGAACCUACCCCUCAGACGGUAGAAGGAAGUGUGACACAACCCAUCCCUCCACCACCACCUUCUCCACCUCCGGUUGACCGUGAGAUCGUAAAGUUGUUCUUAAGUCAGAAACCUCCCGUCUUUGAUGGAAUGGGGGAGCCAGCCACGGCCGAAUCUUGGAUACGCUCAUUAGAGCGCAUUUUCGCAAUCUUGGGGUGCAACGAAAGAGAACGAAUGACUUGUGUGUCCUACCAGCUAACCGAGGCUGCCGACUUUUGGUGGGACACACGGAUGAAGACAAUGCCCCGAGAGCAAGCAGCGGGAAUGACUUGGGAGGGUUUCAAGACAGAGAUAUACGAUAAGUAUGUACCCAAAAGCUAUCGGAAGGCGAAGGCAUCUGAAUUCUACAACCUGACCCAAGGGCACAUGACUGUGACCGAGUAUGAUCGUGCGCUCAGCAGCAUGACUCGAUAUGCACCUGACCAAGCCGAUACCGACGAAAAGCUGGCCGAAAAGUUCCGUGGAGGACUAAGGCCUGAGAUAAGAAUGUCGUUGGCUAGUCGUGGGAAACUACCCUACGCGGAAGCUUUGGCCCUUGCACUAGACAUUGAGGCAGCUAUGCCCAGGAGAGGGUGA